GAGCACUCCUUCCAUAAGACAGCCUGCUAAGCCUCUGAACUUGAAACUGCCUCUGGCAGAGGAGACAUAUGUAACAUUGACCUUAAAUGGUAAAAGCUCCCAGCAGCGAAAGAGAGGCUAGCAAGAGGGAGAAAAACCGUCACUCAAUUUUAGGCAAGUAAACUCUUCUCAGUAGCCCACAGCUCUGCUCAACUUUCAGUGUGAAUCAUCUCGCUUUCUUCUUAAAGCCUCAGAAGAAAGAUGCUACAGUGCAAACAGUAGCAGUUAAUGGACCUCCUAGGUGUUCAACCGCUGUGUCGAAAAAUUGUGAAGAACUGCAUUAUUUGUUGGAUGGCACCUUAGUUCCUGAAUAUUCUUCUUCCUACAUUAAUGUUCAGAAUGAUGAUUUUUUUCACACUGGCACUUCUGGACCUUGGACCCCUUUACUUCACGCUCUAGAUUUGGAGAUUCUUUCGACAACGAAGCAAUACAGAAAUAAUAAAUGUGCCAGAAAAAGCCUACUCGGUUUGAGUCAAGAAAGACAUGAACAUUACGUCAGUGAAGCAUCACAUGGUUGUGAAGAAGACCUUUUUAAAGUUAAUAAAAGCAGUGAAGAUUCUUCAUAUGGGAGAGGAUGUUUGCCAGUCUCUACAAGAAUAAGACAUAGUCCCUCCACACACUGCCUGAAACACUACUUAGCUAAUAUUCAGUUAAGCGGGGUGAUACCUUCUGAAAUGAAAUCAAGCAACACACCAUCCAUCGUUCUACCAGAUGCUGCUAAUACAUCGGACAGGGAUGCUACUUUACUUGCCCAAAACAGACCUCGCAGCCCCAGGCCUUCUCUUCGGCAUUCUAGGACAUCAAAAUCUUCUUUAACAACUGUUGAUAGUGAAGGUCAUGUGCUUGACCUUGUUAAUGAUGAGUUGCCUGAUUGUAAAAUAUCUGAUAUUGACAAAAAGAAAAAUUUAGAGCUGCUAGAAGAAGCAAAGAAGGCGAGUGAAAGAUUUCUUACACGGAGAGGUCGAAGGUCAAGAAAUAGCCUCACAGAAUCUUCCACAGCAUUUUCACCAACACCAAGUCCAGGAGUUUCACCUGCAUCAUCUCGGAGUAACUCUCUUAUCAUCCUACCACAAACUGGUACCAAUGGAACCAUAGUAAACAGUAUUAGUUCAGCACCGCUCUUUCAGCAUUUAGAAGUGCCAGCUGCAAGAGAUAAGAAGAGCAGUUCCGACACUGAAGUAGAAAAACUCAGGAAAGAACUAAUUACUCAGAGCAACAAUGAUCAUAGAAAUUCUUCUCCAGCCAUGUCAACUCUUCAGCCAGCUUUUUUAAACUUAGAAACAAGAUUAUCAGAACAAAAAGAAAAUAUGGAUCCCUGCAAAUUUUCCUCUGAUCUCUCUGAAACAAGCAAGACAGAAAUCAGUGCUGUUUCUCAAACUAAUACUGUUAAGUGUACAGGAGAAUCCAAGCAGACAGCAACAUUUAAGACAGCAGAUGAAUGCAGUUUACCAAUGGGAGAUCAACUACAAGGGUGUUUCAGUCCUGUGGACUUGAGCCCCAAAACAUCUCCAGUUCACUUUGACACUAGUUCUACUUUUAAACCUGAACUGAGGGGAAACGUAGCAAGACCACCUCUUGUACGAGCUGCGUCCUUUGACAGUGUGGGGCCCGGAAAACUUCAGACAACUGCAGUAUCCCAGGGUCUCAUCUAUGACAACCUUCCAUUUAAUGAAAAAGAUAAUAAUUUGAUAUUCAAAUCAACAGGGUAUAAAGACUUCCCAGUGCAACCACAGAGAGUGCAGAAACUGACAAAGUUGUGGGAGGAGCAUAAGCAAAUGCGUACUCAAAAUCUGUUGGGAAUGAAAUUACCAGAACUUAAUGAAUCAGCUGAAAAUGAAAAGGGUGCAAUGCCCAAUGGAAGUUCAAUUAAUGAAGACGAUCCACUCUCUUAUGGUGAAGUGAUGCCAAAUAUUCCCGACUCAUUACUUCAAUCACUUAGAGUACACAAGAAAAUGUCUAGCAGCUCACCAGCCCUAACAGAAAAAGAGGUUGAGAAUGUGUUUGUUCAGCUCUCCUUGGCCUUCAGAAAUGACAGUUACACUUUAGAAACUAGACUACGUCUAGCAGAAAGGGAAAGAAAUUGUACAGAAGAGAACAUAGAAAAGGAACUUGAUGACUUCAAAACAGUAGCCAUGGAAAAGUCCCUUUUUUCCUUGUGGCAACAUCCAGAGGAAAGAGAAGCUUAUCAAAAAUUGCAGGACACUAUCGCUGUGCUCUGUCGUUUAACAACGCGGUUGUCGAGUCGUGCAGAAAUGGUGGGAGCUGUUCGACAGGAACAACGCAUGUCAAAGGCCACAGAGAUUAUGAUGCAGUAUGUAGAAAAUUUAAAGAGAACUUAUGAAAAGGACCAUGCAGAAUUAACAGAGUUCAAGAAACUGGCAAAUCAGAACACCUCUCGGCAUUAUGGAGGAUCUGAUGAUGGUGUUCCAAGAGUAUCCAGAUCAAUGUCCUUGAGCAUGGGAAAGGCUAUGCCACGAAGGAGGGUCAGUGUUGCUGUGGUUCCAAAAUUCAAUUUACUGACCAUUCCUGGACAAAACCCAAAUGCACUGUCACUGUCAUCAUUAUCUGCUCUGCCAGAGACAGCGAAUGAAAAAUGCAGUACAAUCCCGUGUGUUGGUGUGCCACCUUUUAUAGAACACAGUUUAAGAGAAGACAGCAUUCAAGAUACAGACUCCCCUGCACUGUGUCAAGGCAAUCAACCAGAAGUGAAGUUACCCAAAAAGGCCAAGAGUUUAGAAGAAGCCUAUAAUAAAGGGUACCAAGAAGGUCUGAAACAAAGUAAUGAAAGUGCUGAUUUAAAAGAUGAUGAGAAACUGAAGACUGAGAGGAAUAUAAACUGGCCAGGAGAAACUGAUAAGGGUGUCGUGAAAAAUCUCAGUAAAUUCGAUGAACUGCUGGAACUAGUCAGUGCUUUGUGCCCCAAAUUACAUAAAGACUGGAACAUCAUCUGGAUUGUGGCAGCAGUUCUUGUCGUCUUUGCCUUUGUGUUCGGUAUCUACAGUUCAGUUUCUGACACAUCUCAUGGGAAAAGCUCAUGCUCUACAAAUCAGCAACACUCUUGGUGGACCUCAGCACUUCAGCAAAAAUAGUACACUAAAGAAAAGUGUACAUACACACAGAGAUUAUUCACGGAUAUUUGGAUGACAAAAGUGAAUGAGAAUGAGAAUUCUGCAAAAUACAUCAUGUUCUACUGAGCUGAUAAUUCUGCAAAAUACAUCAUGUUCUACUGAGCUGAUAAUUCUGCAAAAUAAAUCAUGUUCUACUGAGCUGAUAAUUCUGCAAAAUAAAUCAUGUUCUACUGAGCUGAUAAUUCUGCAAAAUAAAUCAUGUUCUACUGAGCUGAUAAUUCUGCAAAAUAAAUCAUGUUCUACUGAGCUGAUAAUUCUGCAAAAUAAAUCAUGUUCUACUGAGCUGAUAAUUCUGCAAAAUACAUCAUGUUCUACUGAGCUGAUAAUUCUGCAAAAUACAUCAUGUUCUACUGAGCUGAUAAUUCUGCAAAAUACAUCAUGUUCUACUGAGCUGAUAAUUCUGCAAAAUAAAUCAUGUUCUACUGAGCUGAUAAUCUGCAAAAUAAAUCAUGUUCUACUGAGCUGAUAAUUCUGCAAAAUAAAUCAUGUUCUACUGAGCUGAUAAUUCUGCAAAAUAAAUUAUGUUCUACUGAGCGUAGUGAUUUCAAAAUGAUCUGGUAUGUAGUUACUCUUACAAAGACUGAAGGUGAAGUUUGCUGUAUUUAAUUUAAAAAGGAAGAGUGUUUUGACUCAAGAAAUGGAUUCUAUAUAAAAUUAUUUUGAGCUACCUGACUUUGCAAAAAUGUGGAUUAGAAGAUAUAUAUAUAGUAAAAUAGCACUGGAUGUAUUGUUACAGUUGUACAGCUAUAUACAUUUUUAAUGUAAGUUCUGAGCAUGCUGUUCAUUCCAUUUCAGACAGUGGAAUGCAAUGUGCUAAUUUUAGAUUCGGAGAGCAGUUAUAUUCACUAUUUACACUAUGUCCGUAGGACGUUUUACUUGUAGAAGAGUAUCCAAAAACUGUAUCAGAAAAAUCUGUGAGACUGAAAGUUAUUUUGAAGACUGGUAUGAGAAAUCAUAAAAGUUAAUUAUGACUGUGUGAAAAAAAUAUGAUUUAUAAAAAUCCUAGUGUACAAUAGGAACAAAAAGGUAAGAAGUCCACUAGGUUUUAAUGUAAUUAUUUAAGAUUUAUGUCGAUGUUUGUGCUGAAAGCUGUACUAAUUAAAAACAAAACUUCACUAGU